CCCGCGCGGGCGGGGGCGGGGCCGGGGCUACGUGCGGGCGCGGGGGUAGUGCCGCUGGUGCCGCCGGUACCGGGCCAUGGCCGAGCGGGCCCCGGGGCCGCGGGGCCCCGACCCCCAGCCGGCGGGCCCAUCCUCGGGGAAGGAGGCGAUACCGGGGGCUACCCUGCCCCGCUCCCCCCGGGACACCCCAGCCGAGGGGUCGGAUGGCGACUCCGAGACCCCCACCUCGAGCGUGACCCACAGUGAGCAGGAGCAGGAGGAUGAGGCGGAGGAAGGCCACCAGUGGCGGGUGGGUGACGCCUGCACCACCACCUGGGCGGGGGAUGGGCUACUGUACCCCGCUCACCUACGGGCACUGGACCGCGCUGCUGGCACGUGCCUGGUGGAGUUCGAUGGCUACGGCAACACCGAGGAGCGGGCACUGGCUGAUCUCCUGCCCCCCCGCCCUGGGGCCUGGAGGGCGAGGGACGCCCCAAGGGGCCAGAACACCCCCUCGGCGUGGGAGCCCCCCCCCACGCACCACGAGGAGGAAGGGCGAGCGGGUGCCCUGCUCCCCCCGGCCCCCCGAGUGCCCCCCGGCCCUGCUGCAUGCCCUGCAGGAGGAAGAGGAGGAGGAGGAUGCUUUGGCCGCCAUGCUGAUGGCCUGGUACAUGAGCGGGUACCACACCGGCUUCUAUGUGGGCCUCCGGGAAGGGCGGACAGAGGCUGCUGAGCCCCCCCCGCAGCCAGGCCACAGGCAGAAGAAGCCCCCACGCCACUAGGAGGGCAGCUGGAUCGGGCCCCCCACGCCGUGCCAGAGGGGCAGCCGUGGGGCAGCACCGCGCUCCCCUCCCUUACCAAGGGGUCCCUCCCGGGGGUCCCGGCUGCAGGGACAGGCAGGAGCAGCCUUCCUCCACCCUGGCCGGCUCUGCAUCAGAGCCCUGGCCAGGGGGGGGCUGCACCCCUCCUCUGUCCCCUUUUCUGUCCCCCCCUCUCUGUCCCCUCUUUUGGAAUAAAGCUGUUUGUGCCA